GGCGCGGGACGUUGCCUGGCGGCCCCGCCCCCGGCCCACGAAGGACAAGGUGACGGCGCGGGGCCCUCCUUCAGCCUCUGCCGCAGCGGCUCCAUCUUGCGAGGUCGCCAUGUUCUCGUCCAUCGCGCCGCUCGCGCGGCACAACCCAUUCUACGCGCCACACUUCCAGCUGGUCCAGGACGGCGUGAGGAAGCGCCCAGCGGAGCCCGCGGAGGCGCCUGUCGCGCGCCGGGGCUUGGCGGCCGCAUCGGCCGCCGAAGAAUACAGCUGUGCCUAUGGCUCAAACAGAUUCUUUAUGCUUUGUGGCCUUGGUGGGAUUAUUAGCUGUGGAACAACACAUACGGCACUGGUUCCCCUAGACCUGGUUAAAUGCAGAAUGCAGGUUGAUCCACAAAAAUACAAGAGCAUCUUCAAUGGAUUUUCAGUGACAAUCAAUGAAGAUGGCGUUCGUGGCUUGGCUAAGGGAUGGGCUCCAACCUUUAUUGGAUAUUCCAUGCAAGGGCUUUGUAAAUUUGGUUUCUAUGAAGUUUUCAAAAUCCUGUAUGGCAACAUGCUGGGAGAGGAAAAUGCCUAUUUGUGGCGUACUUCGCUAUAUUUAGCUGCAUCUGCCAGUGCAGAGUUUUUUGCUGACAUUGCUCUGGCUCCAAUGGAAGCUGCUAAAGUUCGUAUUCAGACACAGCCUGGAUAUGCAAACACUCUGCGUCAGGCUUUACCUAAAAUGUUUGGAGAAGAAGGCAUCUGGGCUUUCUAUAAAGGUGUUGCUCCACUAUGGAUGAGACAGAUUCCAUACACAAUGAUGAAAUUUGCCUGCUUUGAACGUACUGUAGAAGCUCUCUACAAGUAUGUUGUUCCCAAGCCACGAAGUGAAUGUACAAAAGGAGAACAACUGGUAGUCACAUUUGUUGCAGGCUAUAUUGCUGGCGUGUUCUGUGCAAUUGUUUCCCAUCCUGCUGACUCCGUGGUGUCUGUGUUGAACAAAGAAAAGGGCAGCUCUGCUUCACAGGUUCUUAUGAGGCUUGGAUUCAAAGGUGUAUGGAAAGGUCUGUUUGCUCGUAUCAUUAUGAUUGGUACCCUGACUGCACUACAGUGGUUCAUCUAUGAUUCUGUCAAGGUUUAUUUCAGACUUCCUCGCCCACCUCCACCUGAAAUGCCAGAAUCUCUGAAGAAGAAGCUUGGUCUAACUGAAUAGACAACUCAUGGACUGACUGCUGGCUGUUCCAGUGAUGAGUUUCAUGAAACUUUUAUAUAUUUGACUAUGUAGAAAACAAACUCUAUAUGAUGUCAUUAUUGGCUGUGCCCUCAUCUCACAUGAGGGUUUAAAUUCAACCACUGUCAUUGCCUGAAAUAAAUGAGAAACAGAGUGCUUAGUGUCUGUUUACUACUGCAUAUGUAAGCUUCGUUUCAUAGCAGCAAAUAUGUCAAACACUCUCCCUGCUUUCCUCUCCCCCACAAAAAAAAGUUUAAAAAAUUACUGUUUUCACUGUUUCCAGAGAAGUGCCAAAAUGUGUCCUUGUAGAACUGCAGAAACGAACUGCAGUCUUCUGCACUUUGAGUCCACUGAUCAUUUGCCUAUAAUAAGCUGCUACUGUAGAAUACCUGAACUCCUGAGUAGCUGAGAUGAGACUGCAGUCUGAUAGGGCAUCCUGGUCAUAAUACUGGUGUUCCCCACAGAGAUAAAAAGAAUCUUAUACAUCCUAAAGCUGUUUCUGCCUUUGAAUGGUCAUCUUGACUUAACUAACUUGACUAAUUUUGACUAGCUUACUUGACUAAUUUUUGCUUCUCUUGGCUUUGAACCACACCAAAGAACUUGGUCCUUCUGGUUGUCCUGUGGAAUUAAACCUCUUUAACUAAAAAAAUGCUGAUAUUAAUAAAGAUUUUCAAAUAUAUCUAACCACUAAAAACUUAGUUCAGCUUUCCAAUAAGAUAAAAAUGGCUUGUCUUUUAUUUGAGAGUUGGAAAAACUUGCCAGCUUUUCCCUACGUUUGCUAUGGCUGUAGUUUUUAAUUUAUUUGGUUUUUAUGAAUCAGUUUAAUGCUGAGCUUUGGUUGAACCAUGCACUUCUGCAGAGCAAGGAGUCAUAACCAUUUUUUUUUUUUUUGGACCCUGAUGUGAAGAAAUCUAGGUUCCUAGGCAUGCAAGAGGAGACAGUCAUGCAGUCUUUUACUGAAGGAUGAUAACGCUGCCCUCUGCAUUUCACUUGUUCAGUAACCCGCAGUAGAUAAUCACUUCAGCCUCUCUAGUACUACUUUGUUCACAUAGUAGAGCUGGAGCUGAAAUUUCUUUUGUGCAAAACUGUGGAUAUUAUCUGCCUUACAGCAUGUGAGCUGAUGAUACUGAACUUACAUUGGCACUCACAUAUGUUGUACUGUUCCUUCCUCUUUACUUGAUUCCUUCAGAGCUAAAAGGACAAUUAAGGCAGGUGCCAUUGGAAUAGCAUAAAUAAAUAUACUGACUGCCGCUUCUUGCUGGAGUCUGAUGUGCCUGCUAUUGUUUUGCUUAGCAUCAAGUUUCUCACCCCUUGGGAAAACCCUCCAGCUUCCAAGAUUUUGAUGAUUAUACUGAACAAGAAAGCUGGGCCUUAUUUUGAAUUGCUGCCUUUCAGAAUGUGGAAUAAGAUCUAAAACUUCUCCAUUUCCCUGUCACCAGGACACUAAUAAAGGCACUCUUAAAGUGGCUGGUAUCUUAACUGCGUUACACAGCAAAGUCAAAUACCCUAAGUCUAAACAAAACAUUUGUGCAAGUACUUUGGUGUUGAAUUAAAAUUGUUUAAUGAGAAAAGUAUGUAAAUCUUGUUUCCUCAUAGUAAGUGGGAAGCUUUGAAGUUAUUUAAUGAGUCAUUAAAUGCUUCUAAGAGCUUUCUUGGAGAAGAACCUUUAGUAUGACUUGAUCUUGUAUCAAGACCAUAGAUGUUAAAUCAGCUUUUGAAGUUAACUUACGUGUGUGGUACAACUUGUUAGAAAAAAACAGUAUCACUUUUGUGUACCGAAUAUCAGUUUCUUUAAAAGCAUAUUUUAACUCAGUAGAUAUUUCUUUGUUUGCUGUAAAACAUCUCAAGUUCCUUCUAAUUCUGGGGGAAGUGAAGCACUUCUGCCAAAUUUUAAGGCUGGCAGAAGAGUGAGACAGGCUUGGCUCAUGCAGUGAGGUAGCGUGAUUGGCAAGCAACCCAAUGCUGAGCUAAAUUUCACAAGACUGCUUCUUGUUCUAUAUGUUGAGCAAAAUCGCACAAUUUUUCCCUAGCCCUAGAAUAGGGUCAGCGUUGCGCAGUUGUUUUGCUCAGUAAUAGGAGAAUCUGAAGUCUGUUUUCUCAUUGCUCAAGGGUAGACCUGAAACUGUCCUUGUAAAGAUGCUCAGAUUUAUCAAGGUAGAUCUGAGACUACAAGAAGCAACCAGCAGUUCCUCCUCUGUAACUGAGAAAGGGAAAAUAUACAUAGUGAUCAUUGCAGUGUUGUGUUUCAGUGGAAAACUCAAGAGGGGGAGAGAAUUGUCUUGCAGGUGCUGGCUGCACUGACAUUCAGCCAUAGGCUUGUUCAGAUGCUUGUUCGGAAAGGGUUUGACAUAUAAAAUGUUGUUUCUUAAAGUUUCUUAAAAUACCUGCUGGUAUUUUAAAUAAGCUUCAGUGGGAAAAAUGUAGUAUUAAAAUGCAUUUAAAAGGUCAACUUGGUCAUUGAUAACUGCUUUGUGCAUAAUGCCUGGUACGUUUUCCGAAGGCUGGGAAGCUGGGGCGUGGGAGCAGUGGUGCUGUUGAUGGACUCGCUCUUCCAUUGCAGGGCAAGUCCUGUAUCAAAAAGGAGCACUCCAUUUUGAACUUUGAUAACUCCAGACCCAUCACUAAACCCCAAAGUGCUUUGUAAAACAUGGAUUAUGUAUAUGCUGCUUGUGUAUAUUUUAUGAAUGACAAAACAUCCUUUCUUGCUGGUUUUGGAGCUGAGAUGAGUUUUCUGGUUUAAAGCAUAUAGUUAUAUAAAUUUGGAAUAACAACUCCAUUCACACACAGUAUUUGUAUGAGGUUGUACCACAGAUCAAAUGUGCUGAUACUUGCUGAAAUGUUUGUUGCAUAUCAUUUUAAAAUGGGCUGUAAUAAUACAAAUAGUUGUAAUUAAUUUACAUUUCUAUAUAGAAAUGAUGUAGUUCACAGUGAAAACAAUAAACAUCCUGCUUUUUUAUAGCAAA